AUUUUUCUCAGCACUUCAUCAUUCGUCUUCUUCUCUGUCCAGCUAAUACGCUGGGGAUGUACUCAUGGCAUCCGUGAAACUGUUGUAUAUGCUGUGAACGGACCACCCCCCCCCUGGACGACCAUGCUGAACGCCGACGAGACGAAGGCCGUGGCGUUGGUGGUCAUGGCGGUCGUGACUCUGGUCAUGGCAUUCCUGCCUCUCUACGUCCGGAAGGUGCUGAGUCACCGCAUGGCCCAGACUUUCGCGCAGGUGGUGCUGUCGGGGUGCCUGUGCUUCGGCGCGGGCGUGCUGCUCUCCAUCGUGUUCCUGCACCUGCUGCCGGAGACGCGCGCCACGCUCGAGAACGCGAUGGACGCCGACCUGUUCCCGCACAGCCACUACCCCGUGGCCGAGGUGGUCCUGGUGGGCGGUUUCUUCCUGGUGUACCUCAUGGAGGAGCUCAUCCACACGUGGAUCCACCGCGCCCACCACAACCAGCACCACCGCCAUGGCGACGCAGAGGCUCCGGGCGCCGACGCCAAGGCCGCUGGCGACGGCAGGAAGCGUGAGCGGCUGUCCUCCGAGGGUCCGGCGGCGGCGCAGGAGGCCGUCGGGGGCCACGGGUCGGUGCGCGGCGUGGCGGUGCUCAUGGCCGUGGACGGGCGCGCGAACGAGGCGUUCGAGGGCGACGGGUGCGUGGGCGGCCAGGUGGACACGGCGGCCCGGAACAACGUGCACACCAUCCCCCACCACCACACGCCCGCCGUCGACAAGAACGUGUCGGUGAUGGGCGCCGUGGUGGUGGUGGUGGCGCUGUCCUUCCACAGCGUGAUGGAGGGCCUCGCGCUCGGCCUGGAGGAGGAGCCGCGGGACGUGUGGAUCCUGCUGGCGGCGCUCACGUCCCAUAAGAUCUUCAUCGCCUUCAGCAUGUCCAUGGAACUGCUGGAGGUGGGCGUGUCCCUGAAGCCCUUCGUGGCCUCCAUGGUCGUCUUCUCGCUGGCCUCCCCCAUCGGCGGCCUCGUCGGGGCCCUCGUCGUGGCCUAUGCGGGCGACCAGGAGAGCGCGAGCGCCAUGCUCGUGCCCACGUUCCUGCAGGCGGUGUCGGGGGGCACCAUCCUGUACGUGGCCUUCUGCGAGGUGCUGGAGCGCGAGCGAGCCAAGCCCAAGGGCGGCAUGGUGCGCCUCCUCGCUCUGCUGUUGGGCUUCUGCCUCAUGGCCGGCCUGGAGGCGGUCGGGGGCCACGAGCACGGCCACAAGAGCGAGCCCCCGACGGCCACCGCCGCCCCUUGCGUUUGGCUCUUUAAUUUUCAAACUUGUCUGAAUUUUACUUCAAACGUAAAUUUUACUUCAAACCACAACAUACACACACACACCACACACACACACACACAACACACACACUACGGUCACAAGCUGGAGCUAGUGACAUGUGAUACAAGAUUUUCCGUGGAGAAAGCCAUGAUUCAGUGCGACAAAGAAAACGAGGCCCGCGGACCAUACAUUGUAGAAGUGGGUGGGAGAGAAAAGGAGAGGCGUGACCAAUCGGGCGCCGUGCCCAUGGCAUCGCCGCCCAAUGUUUUUACGACUCUACGUGGACAUAGCGCUGGCAUUUCCCAACGGAAUGGGAUGCCCAAUUUGCGUAUUAUUUUUGCCACGUAUGAGCUCGUCCCGGCAGUACCCUCUUCAACCUGA